CCUAGCGCAGAGACACUAGCCUUAGUCAAAAGCAAAUCUGCCGAUCCGCCUCAGGUUGGCCGCUUCUCACGCUGUCUCGAAGGGUCGGGAGGCUGUCGAUCGUUCGAGAUUCCUCGAAAAUGCGAGGGACGGUCGUGUGCUGCUUCCUGGCGCCGGCCGUGGCGCUGGUGAGCCCCUGGACUCCAAAUGGCGCCGUCUGCCCCAGAAGGAGCUCCGCGCUGCGCGCGCUACCGGCCGGUUCGGCGCCCGCGUCAUCGUCGGGACGCCUUCCAAAAUUGCCGCGCAGCGACGGUCGCGUCGUCGCUUCGACGGAGCAGCGAAUCGCGGACACGCGCCGCCCGCCGCCCGCCCUCGCAGCGAGAUCACGUCCCAUUUUCACACGCAGGCUCCGCCGCGAGCGCCGACGCGGCCCGCGCCGCCGCCCAGGAGGCCGGCAAGGCCCUGUCCGCCAAUAGCGCCCAAGCCUCGAAGGCAGCGGCGGACGCGUUCUCCACAUACUCAAAAACUUCCGCGGAGGGCCUGGCCGACGCCUCUAAAUUAAUCGGGAAGAACACGGGCGAGGCCAUCAAGGCCUCGAGCAAGGCCAUUGACUCCGUGACGGCGUCCGUCAAAGCCGCGGGGCCUACGCUAGACAAAACAGCUGCGGGCAUCAGUAAAGGCGCCGACCAAUUCGUAGCGUCGGCCUCGGACUUCGGCGGGCAGGUCCAGGGCGCUACUGGAGAUUUAGCAGAGGCGCUCAAGGAAUUCACCAGUAACUCAGCAGAGUUCUCCGAUGGUGCUAGACUCGCGGCAGCAGACGCGGUCGACGCCCUAGGUACUGCUGGGAGUGCCGCGUCAGCAGCUUACUACGAUGCGGUGGCUUCCGCCGCAGCAGCUGGAAUAGGCGGAGCGGAGGCCGCGUCGGCCGGCGCUGUCUUGAUCGCCGCAGCUGCCUUCGGGACGAAGGGCAUCGACGCCGCCGCCGUCAAGUCCCUCGAACUCGACCGGGACACGGCGAAACAGGAGAGCGACAUGCUCAAGGUGAAGCUCAAGGAACUCGAGGAGAAGUUCUUCCUCGCCGACGCUCAAUUUGAACAAACCAUGGCCGCGACGCGGAAGGUGCUGACUCAGCGUAUGUUGAAGUUGAUACUUCGCGUCGACGGCGUGCGAGAGCGCCGUCGAGCCCUCCACGCCAUCGCCGCGGCGCGUUCCUCGCUUCGCGCCGCGCGAGGGCGGUCUCGCGACACCGUCGGUCCGCGCAGGAAUUUGAUACGACGCUGAAGGUGCGGUUGGACACCUUACGGGCCGAGUUGACGCGGGAGAAGGACGCGGCCAUCCUGUCGCUCAAACAGGCGCAGGAUAGCCAGUUGGAGGAGCUCAAGGAGUACUAUACGUCGCGAUACGCGUCGAAGGUAUCCGACUGUGCGGAAAUCAAAUUUACGGCGCGUUCGUCCUGAUUUGCUGCGUCGAGCUCCACGCCAUCGACGCGACGCCUGCUCGAUGGCGUGGCGAUGCCGGUUCCUCACCACUCGACGGAACCAGCGCGGCCACGUCAUCGCCGAGAGUGCACCCGACACACUGGUUGAUAUCCACACAGGUAUCCGAGAUGCAGAAGCUGAUCGAUGCGAAGGACGCGAAGAUCGAGGAGCUCGAGGCGGCGCUGGGCGACCCGCUGUCGCUGUGGUGGAAGCGCGUCACGGGGCAAGAAAAGAAGAAUCCCGUGCAGCAGAAACCGCCGCCGCCGGAGCCGCCGACGGAUCUGUACUCCGCCUAGUUUUGCCGUCGUUUGAGGGGUUCUUAAGUUUGGUCAGUCGAA